CUGGCUUCAAAAUUUGCGACAAAUGGGUUGAGAGUGUGAUCAUAUAACCUGAAAAAAUGAAACGAGUUCAGAAGGAUAUUACUCUAAAAAAAAAAAUACCGUGAUGAUUAUGUUUGCAAGUUAUUCCGAAAACGUUGAGUAUACUAGAUACAGUUGAUGUGAAAAUGGAACUGUCACAGGAAGGUCUGCGAAUUUCUUCAGAUCCUGACACAAAGGGAUUCGAUUUGUCCGCUGGCAUAAAUUGGAUUUAUCCACUGAAUUAUCCAUUGCGAGAGUACCAAUAUAGCAUAACGCAAAAUGCGCUAUUUAAUAACACCCUCGUUUGUCUACCGACUGGACUCGGUAAAACUUUCAUUGCUGCUGUGGUGAUGUAUAAUUUUUGGAGAUGGUACCCAAGAGGAAAAAUAGUCUUUCUGGCUCCUACUAAGCCGCUCGUGUCUCAACAAAUAUCUGCAUGCCAUGAUAUUAUGGGAAUCCCUAGUUCUGACACAAUUGAGCUUACAGGCUCAAUGAACCCAAAGAAUCGACAAAUAGCAUGGUUUACUAAACGAGUAAUAUUUGCAACUCCUCAAGUAUUUCAAAACGAUUUGGAUAAGCAGAUAGCACCUGGUGACUUGGUUAGAUGUGUAGUUAUAGAUGAAGCUCAUAAGGCUAUGGGAAAACAUGCCUAUUGCGAGAGUCUCCGCCUUUUACGUACAAAAAACGUUUGCUUUCGAGUUCUUGCACUAUCAGCUACACCCGGCAGUAGAGUAGAGGAUGUUUGUCAGGUUAUCCAAAAUUUAAGCAUCUCCAAUUUAGAACUACGCGAUGAAACAUCACCUGACAUCAAGCCCUACCUCAAUAAUAGGCAAAUGGAUAUUAUACUGGUUCAAUUGGAUGCAGACUUGGCUAGAUUUAAAGAAAAGUAUGUUGGGAUUAUGGAUCGUUAUGUACGAGUCCUCAUCCAGUAUAAUGUGUUGCAGGGUAAUGCAAGUACACUGAGUAAAGGGAGAAUAUUUUAUGUAUAUAAAGAAUUUCAAGCAAGAACCAACAAGCCAGCAAACCAUGGCCAAAUUACGAAAGCAUUAUGCAGGUGUAUGUCUUUAUAUCAUGCUUAUGAUUUAUUGACACGACAUGGCCUUCGUGCAUUUAUUGCAUUUUGUCAAACCCACUCUACCGAUGUCUGGGUAACCCAAGAACCUGCAUUACAAGAAUUACUUGUAGAAAUACAAUCAUUUCUUGGCCCAUUCCCGGAUGUUCGUCCUUUACCAGAUGGUACCAUAAAAGAAAUUCCGAAAGACUUAGUUUUCGGUCAUACCAAGGUUUGCAAGUUGAAGAACAUUUUGUUGGAGCACUUUAACACAUUUGCUAUGAAAAACGAAGAGACUAGAGCCAUUGUAUUUGUCGAAUACAGAGAUAGCGUUAUUGAAGUAUACGUUGCGCUGUUGCAAUUGAGACCAAUGCUUCGGCCCAAGAUGUUUGUCGGCCAAGCAGGUCAGAAACAGAAACAACAAAUGCAAACAAUGAAGGCAUUUCGAAAUAAUGAAGCUAACGUUCUUAUUUCUACAUCAGUUGGUGAAGAAGGCUUGGAUGUUGGAGAAGUAGAUUUGAUUGUCUGCUUUGAUGUAUCACAAAGCUCUCCCAUUCGUCUGGUUCAAAGAAUGGGUCGUACAGGUCGCAAGCGGGAUGGACGCAUUGUUAUGUUGGUUACUGAUGGUAGAGAACAUCAGUCGCUGAAAUCAACCAUAGCUAAACGAGACUCCCUAAAUAAGAAAGUUCUUCAUUCAAGUAGUGUAAUUUCAUCCAUGUUUCAAGAAAGUCCCCGCAUGGUACCUCUUGAUUUCAAACCAGUGUGCACUAAAAUGCAUAUCGUGUUACAAGCUAAGACUCCAAAAGCUACGAAUAAGCGGAAACGCAAUGGAAAGAAUGACAAUGUACAGCCUCAGAUCAAGAGAGUAACAACCACUGCAAAAAGCAAUGCAGUGUUACAGGUUCAAAAUGAUGAAAAAAAGUCCAGCCAAGACAAGGGGAAGACUAGUUCAGAGAAGGGAAGGUCUACUCAAUUGUCGAUGUUGCGAUUUUUGGAGAAACCAGAAACAAAUGAAAACACUCAGAAAAAUGCAGCUGAUGUGACACAACUCAUUUCAGCAAAUUAUUCGACAAAGAAAAUUUCAAAAACAGAUUCUGUAAAAUUUUUUACUUCUGAUACUGUCGCAGUACAGUUCUUAACAUUAUGCGCAAUCAAAGCAUCAAAAUUAGAGCAAUCAUAUGACAAGUCGAACCAAAUGGAUGAAACUGGUCUAGACUUCUCAACAGAUGACAAAAUCGAAGAUUUUUUUCACAAUCUAGUACCUAGCUUAGAUGUUUUAGAAUGUAUAGCAUUCUUAGAAGAGCCUGUGGAAGAUCAGACAUUUGAAGAAACUGAAAAUUUAGACUUUGAUCAAGAGCACAAUCACGUAGGUGCUACGGUUCAUAAUCAAGUCUAUAAUUUUGAGAAUUCUAACAUCGAUAAUUCUACAACACCUGGAGAACGUCGUUUUGAAGAUUUACUCGAUGAUUCAUGUGGAUCGGAUGAAACAAUGAUUCUCAACAAUGACCAACAAACUAUGUCGAAUUGUUCGCUGCCGGAAAUGCUGAAAAUUGACGACGAACAUCAAAGUUAUAACAUGUUGAUUACUCUUGCAGAUGAAGUAAUACACAAUAAAGAUCAUAACAGUCAUACUUCACUACCAGUACAAAAUUUCCUUGAUGAGCCAGGUACUUUUGAGAGAUUGUUGGAUGAACUUUCGGAUGAUGAUGAGCAGCAAUCUGAAGAACAAAACAAUCUUUCGACUAAGGGGUGCUUCGAAAGUAUCUUAGAUGACUCUUCCGACAGUGAAGUUCCUUCAAGCCAGGGUGAAGUAGAUUUUCGAUUAAGGACGCAUAAGAAUUUGGGAGGUUCCAGGCGUAAUGGUAAUUCGAAUAAAUCCCAUGAACCCAAAUCUCAAUCUGAAAAGGAUCAAAUCACGAGACCAGACCACGGCAUAAGCAAAUCUCUGAAUUUCGGUAAAUUACGUGACGCUAAUGACACAAAUCUUUCAUCUGUAUGCGGCGCGGACGACAAAUGUAUCAGAGUCGACGUAGAUUUGAUCCGGGAUUCGCGAUUCUUUGUGUCAAAAAAAGAAGACUGUUUAAGUCCGAGUAUUAGCAUUCAUCACAAGCCUACUGUCCCAGUUACCGUGACAAAAGCAGUGAAUACGUCAGCAAGCAAAAUGAAUUGUGAUGAGAAAAGUGUAACCAAACAUUCCAUAGAGCUAAUGGAUGAGGAUGACGAUGUACUCUUUGUGGCUGAGAUAAGCACACCGAGGCAUACCGUGAGUAAAAAACAGUUGCGAGAUAAAAAUUGGGAUGAGAAAAAUGACGGCGUAUCAUUCAAACAAAAUGAUAUAAAAUCAGAAUUGAUAGAUGCAAAUGAAUCGCACUCUGAUAGCACUCCAUCGACUAUAACACAAAUUCUUGAACUACUUGACAGAAGCAAUCAACCUGUUAAGAGAAUGAAUUUGAAACAAUUGGCUAAAAUGGAUAAAAUCCAGCAAGUUAAUACAGCUGCAGUGUCUCCAAUGAAAAAAUUAGGUAGCAAAAAAGUUGCCAUGGACGAUUCAAACAACACGAACAUUUUGGUGUCACCCUAUUUUAGUCAGAAAAGCAAAAAUGUACAUAACGUCAGAUCCCUUGAAGCUGCACAACCACAGUUCGAUGAUCUAGACUUAUCCGAUCUCAAAUGGGAUGAUGAUUUUGAAGAGGAUCCAAAACGUUUAGACUGUACCGUUGUAACUGACCAGAUAAAUAAACAAUUCAAUGAACAAUCUUCAGUGGUAAAACCUGGACCACUGAUAAAUGAUGGAAAUAUGCCACAGUUAUUGAGCCAAAACGAAUCAUCAUACAAUAUUGAUGCUGAUAGAUCGCCAAUUUUCCUACUGCGUAAUAGGCGAAUCCAGAAAUCUUCAACAAAGACCUCACUAGUUUCAGAUUUUGAUAACUCCGAGUGGGAAAAGGAUUAUAUAUCCCCAACUAAUCCAGUUAAAAAAUUUGAGCGGUCAGAAUCACCGGUGAGUCUUGAGAUGUCGACAAAAAAGCAAUUAGACAGUAAAAAAAAUAUAACACUGGAGCCAGGCACAAGCCAGGGCCAUUUUGAUGAUGAUUUCGAAUUUAAAGAUGAUAUUUUUUGUCGGAUUGAUUCUAAACCUGAGGUUAAAAAAAAUUGUGAUUUCAACAUCUAUCACAUGUUAUCAAAUCAUAAUAAGGUUGCACGGCCAAAGAAACAGGUCUACUCGUUUCGUUCUGGGGAAAAUGCUGAUCCAAACUUGAGACUAUCAAGUUCUGCAGGCAGAAAUGUAUCAGACAGGCGAAAAAUUGCGGCACAGGAUCGUUGCUCGGAUAAUGGUAGAAGAUCUCGAGUACGAAAUCGUAAGAAAUCUAGCUUUUUGGAUGACGAAGCUGAAAUACUAUCUGAUACAUCAAGCGGAUCUUCAGGGGCUGAUGAUGAUUUAGAUGAUUUCAUAAGUUACACUCAGCCAUCUCCUGAGAAGAUUGAUAUGAAAAAACAUUAUUUACAAUCUAUCCAAGAAGUCCAGACAGGCGGUUUCCAUUUCCGAUUACCCAAACGUGUUAUCCCUUAUGAAGAAGUAUUUUCUCAGUCCAUGGACAAAGAAAACUCAACCUAUCUGAAUGAUUCGUUUUGUGUAAGUAACAGCGAGGAGGAUGGUCUCAUAGGGUCAGAUGAAAUCACCAUUCUUGAAUCAAACGAAAGAAUAUUGAAUGGUAAGAAAAGAAAACAUCCAACGAAUGGCAAAAUAUCUUCGACCAAGAAGAGAAAAUUGAAGGGUAAAUCAUCAGAUAGCAGCAGCAGCGAAGAUGAAACUGAAAAAUUAAGGAAACAAAUCCUUGAAGAAUCAAUGAUUUUGAGGAGGCGGAAAAAUUAGUAAUCAUGCUAGAAGGACCAACCACUGGGCCCUCCAAGAUACAGUAUUUGUAGAUAAUGUGUAUUGAUUAUUAGAUAUUUUACAGCCCAAGUGAUCGAAGUGCUUAUUAUUAUUGGUUAUUUAUGAAAAGAAAUGUAAUACUAUUCUCUGUGAUAUCUAUUAAAGCCAUUUCGUUUAUAUGUGAA